AUGAGCAACCACUCCAGUGCCACUGAAUUUUGUCUUCUCGGCUUCCCUGGCUCCAAGGAACUACACCAUCUCCUCUUUACUACCUUCUUCCUCUUCUACUCAGUGACAGUAAUAGGAAACACGGUCAUCAUCAUGAUCGUCUGUGUGGAUAAACGUCUGCAGUCCCCCAUGUACUUCUUCCUGGGUCACCUCUCUGCCUUGGAGAUCCUGAUCACCUCUAUCAUCAUCCCCGUCAUGCUUUGGGGGUUGCUGCUCCCUGGGAUGCAGACAAUAUCUCUGGCUGGGUGUGUCGCCCAGCUCUUCCUGUACCUUGCUUUGGGGACCACAGAGUUUGCAUUACUGGGGGCGAUGGCUGUGGACCGUUACGUGGCCGUCUGUAACCCUCUGAGGUACAGCAGCAUUAUGAGCAGCCACACCUGCAUCUGGGUGGUAACUGUGUCGUGGCUGUUUGGGUUCCUUUCUGAGAUCUGGCCCGUCUAUGCCACGUUUCAGCUUCCCUUCUGCAAAUCCAACGUGCUAGACCAUUUCUACUGUGACCGAGGGCAACUGCUCACACUAUCCUGCGAGGAUACUCUUCUCACCGAGUUUGUUCUGUUUUUGAUGGCCAUUUUUAUUAUCGUUGGUUCUCUGGCACCCACAGCGGUCUCCUACACCUACAUCAUCUCCACCAUCCUCAAGAUCCCCUCAGCCUCCGGCCGGAGGAAAGCCUUCUCCACCUGCGCCUCCCACUUCACCUUUGUCGUGAUCGGCUACGGCACCUGCUUGUUCCUCUACGUGAAACCCAGUCAAACGCAGGCAGCCCAGUACAAUAAGAUUGGCUCCCUGCUGAUUUCUGUGGUGACCCCUUUUCUGAACCCAUUCAUCUUCACCCUCCGAAAUGACAAGGUCAAAGAGGCCCUUCGGGAUAGUGUGAAACGCUGCUGUCAACUUUUCAAGGAUUAA